AUGGCGAUUGUGGGCGAGAAGGUGCUAGGAGCAACCAUGUCACUCUGGAGGAUUCCACUGCAGCAAUCACUACGGCAUGCAGUGCAAACGAGGGGAUUCACAAGGGUGUGUAGAGGACCUUGUAUACGGGGCAUACGGCUGGGUUUAGGGCAUGGCGCGAGAGUCGUUCGUCCGGUCAUUGCUCGCACUGCAGCAACUGCCACCACCACCGCAUCCUCCACACAGUUGGAACCACACCAUGGUACAGAACCCACAUCACCGUCAUCGCAAGGACCCGCUGCAAAGUAUUCCAAACUCGUCAAACAAGGCUCCCUGAGAGACGACCCUCACCAACGCGAAACAGUCCGUCUCUUGCAGGACUUGUAUGACCGACUGCAGUUGUACACACCUCCUCCCAUUCAGCAAGUCGCCCUUGAAUUGGAUGAUCAUGUCCCUAUUCAUAAACAAAAGGGGAGGGACGACAUGUUGUCUCCUGAUUUUGCGUGGAUAAAAGAGAGUGAAGAGAACCUAUUGUCAAAGUUGUCAAGCUUCUUUACCAGGAGGAAAAAACAGCAGCAAAUGGUUGAGCAAAAGGGCCCAACGGGACUGUAUCUCUACGGCGACGUUGGAACGGGGAAGACCAUGGUCAUGGAUUUGUUUUACAACACAAUACAUGUCGACCGCAAGCGUCGCGUCCAUUUCCACGCCUUCAUGCAGGACGUACAUCGACGGAUUCACCAACUGCGAACUCAAAAAGGGGUCACAUACGAUCCAUUACCGAUUAUCGCAACCGAGUUGGCAAACGACGCGUGGCUGCUCUGCUUUGACGAGCUUCAAGUGACUGAUAUUACCGAUGCCAUGAUUCUGAGGCGGCUGUUUGAUGAGCUCUUUAAACGAGGCGUAGUGGUCGUCACAACGUCCAAUCGUCCUCCAGAUGAACUGUACAAGAAUGGAAUACAGAGACAGAGCUUUCUGCCUUGUAUUGCGCUGUUCAAGGAAAGGUGUCAUGUGCAUUCCUUGAAUUCAGGGAUUGAUUACCGAAAACAAGAGCGCGAGCGCCUAAGAGUGUACUUUACCCCGCUCAAUCAGAAAACCGAAAAGACCGUGAACCUCAUAUUUAACAAGCUUGCUCGAAACGGCAAAGUUGAAUCCACGACUCUGACCUUUUUGGGCCGCUCUCUUACCAUCCCCGAUACCUCCAGUGGUGUCGCCAAGAUCUCCUUUCAGGAAAUCUGCGGCGAACCGCACAGCGCGGCCGACUACCUUGAAGUCGUUCGCAACUUUCACACAAUUAUCCUCACCGACAUUCCCCGCAUGACGCUAGACCACCGAAACGAAGCCCGCCGUUUCAUCACCUUUAUUGAUACCAUGUACGAAAAUAAGACGAGGCUACUCAUAUCAGCAGACGCAGAGAUAUUGGAGCUAUUUACUGGAGAUGUACCUCGGGUGUCUGAGGGGAGCCUUGUGGCUGCCGAGAGAAUGUUGAUGGAUGACUUGAAAUUGAGUCCAGAGCAGUUGACAAGUUCAAUCUUCACUGGUUCUGAGGAAGUGUUUGCCUUCCAGCGAGCUGUUUCACGAUUAAUUGAGAUGCAAAGCCAUCAGUGGCUUGGGGAUGAUCUCAAACAGAUUCUUAUGACGCGUGAAGUGUAGAUGAGUAGAUAGAGAUGUGGUAUUGUAGCUUUUUAGAAAGACGUGGGCUUAGAGUAGCAGCGUUAUGGUAUUUUCGUAUAUUUUUAUUCUAUAUUAUUAGCUGGGGUCAGAGUUCGAAUUUGGAUGGAAUAAUAUGUAGAUGGGCUGCGUCUUGUCUCACAACGAG